GGGCAUAAGUUAAACUUGCUUUUUUAGUUUUUCAGUAGUUUUUAGUCUGCUGUUUACUCUCACCUCACUCACUAUUUUUGACUACUGUCUUUUUUGCCUACACUUUGGUCCUAAUGCUAAGAAUCGAUGACGAAACAAUUCAAUCAAUUGGUGCCUUAUGAACGGAUUGAAGGCCAUAACAUACCAUGUCGACGAAAAUCUCUUUCAACAAGUUGUGGUAUGAAUAUUCGCAUGGAUGAAGACGAUGAGACUUCUUUAAGAGGUUGCUGUUCUUGGUGUCGACAACGAUUUUUUACCAAGGAAAAACUCAAGAGACGUUUCCCUAUUGUUACAUGGUUGCUUAAAUAUUCCUUGCUUGACCUACGUGGUGAUCUAAUUGCUGGUCUAUCAGUUGCCUUCACAAUUAUCCCACAAGGCUUGGCUCUUGCAAUCUUGGCUGGUUUACCCGCUCAAUAUGGACUUUAUACGAGUUUUAUUGGUUUAUUUGUUUACGCACUUUUUGGAACAGUUAAAGAUGUUGCUUUUGGACCAACUUCAAUUCUGGCCAUAUUAAUUGCUCCUUUUGUUGUUAUGGGUGGCACAACUUAUGCUAUCCUCCUCUCAUUUUACACCGGUCUUCUCAUGUUAAUUCUUGGUAUGAUGAAUCUGGGAUUUGUUGUUGAUUUCGUAUCAUUUCCCGUCCUCUCUAGUUUCUCAACUGCUGCUGCUAUUACCAUCGCCUGUUCUCAGAUGAAAAGCUUUUUUGGUAUCCAUUUGACUGCUGUUCGCUUCUUACCUACAGUUGUAGGCCUUUUAACCCAUCUCCAUGAAAUUAAUCUCUGGGACACAUUUUUGGGUGUAGUUUGUCUUGCCUUUCUCAUUCCUUUGCAACACUUUCGUACUUCAUCAUUUUUCUUUCUUGAGGGCCGUGUAGCACCUCAUUCAAUGAGUCUCAGAAUUUUCUCUAAAAUUUGGAAUCUAAUCGUAACUGCACGAAACGCCGUUGUGGUCAUCAUCUGUGGUGUGAUUGCUGCUCAUACUAACGUUUUCACAAUAAAUACAGAUAUAAAACUUGGAUUACCUCCAAUGCAAAUUCCUACAUUUAGUUAUGGUUUUAAUGAAACUUAUCGAUCACCAACUCAAGUUAUUGGUGAUUUGGCUCCUGGUAUUCUUGUGAUGGCUUUAGUUGGUCUAUUGGAAACGGUUGCUGUGGCUAAUGCAUUUAUGCCAAACAAAAAGUUGGAUGCUACACAAGAACUGAUUGCUCUUGGAAUCGGAAACAUUCUUGGAAGCUUUUUCUCCGCUUUCCCAGCAACUGGAAGCUUUUCUCGAUCAGCUGUUAACCAUAACAGUGGUGUUCGAACACCACUCAGUGGCAUCAUCACUGGUUCGUUAGUUAUUCUUGCUUUGGCCACACUUGCUCCCUACUUUAAAUUCAUACCAAAACCAGCCUUAGCAUCAAUUAUUAUCGCUGCCGUUUUGCCUAUGGUUAAAUUUCAAGAUAUAUUGACUAUUUGGCGAGCCAAUCGGAUUGACGUUGUCCCUUAUUUCAUCACACUUCUUUCGUGCCUUUUCAUUGGUCUUGAAUAUGGGAUUGGUUUAGGUGUCACAUUUUCACUGUUAGUCCUGCUUUACUUAAUGGCAAGACCAAGAAUCAGUAUCGUGAUGCGUAAAACUCCUUGUGGUGAUGUGUUUCUCUACGUCAAACCUGAUCGAAGUGUUCUGUUUCCAUCAGUAGAGUACAUGAAGGUCAAAAUAAGCAAGGCUAUUGACUCUUAUGGCUGUUCAACAAAACAUUUAUCUAUUGUAAUCGAUGGCGAGCAUAUGUUCAGGGCUGAUUCUACUUUUGCUAUGUCUGUUAGACACAUGGUGGAUCAUUAUCGUGAUUCUGGUUUCAUAACAGUAUUCUACAAUCUUCGGAAAGCGCCUUACAGAGCUUUGGAUGUUGUUUUCUUAGAUUCAGAGGAUUUCAUCUACUGUGAAGAUGAGGAAAAAGUAUAUCAAGCUAUUCGAGCAGGAAUUGUUAAAUCUGGAAUAUCUAAUCAAUCAGAUGAAAGAGAUAGUCACCCAUUGAAAAGAAGAAAAUCCAGUCAUUGGCUUACCUCAUCGGUAGAAUACUGAUUUUAAUGCACAAAUUUAUAUAAAAAACUAUGAUAAUUUACUAAUUACAGUAUUUGACAAAUUAUUUUCACAAAUUCAUCACACAAAAUGACCCUUUUUGUCUUUCACUUUUAAUACUUUAAUUUCAACUAGUUAAAUGUUCCUCCUUUUUCAAUCAUGUAUUUCUUAAAACUAUGCAAUUGACAAAUGCAAUGUUUGUCUUCCCUUAUAUUAAUAAUAUUAUAUUUUGAUUAAAUGUCCCAUUGCUAUAUCGGUCGAUCUGCUGAUUAAAAAGCUCUGGUUGUUUGUUUAAA